AUGGUGGGACCCUUUGUGCGCUACCCUCUCAAAACUACCUGUAUAAUUGUAUCUAUUCCACAGUUGAUCUUGUCGCGGAUUAUUACUUUCGUUUCUGGCGCGUGUAGUUUGUCUCUGUGCGCAAUGCAUUUUACCGGAAACGCUUUUGCCCGAACUAUAUUGCACCUUGACCUAUGCCUUCUUGUCUUCCAGGUCUCGGCCUUAUCUUCUCACCCGUACGGAUGUCGAGUUAUUCAGCGAAUUUUGGAGCACUGCAUGCCCGAACAGACACGACGCAUUCUUGAUGAGUUGCACAAGAGUGUCGACAGCCUGGUUAGGGACCAGUAUGGCAACUACGUUGUUCAGCAUGUGCUGGAGCAUGGUUCACAGGAGGACAAAUCGCGAAUCAUUAACGGCCUCCGUGGACGCGUGCCAGUUCUCUCUUCGCACAAAUUCGCCUCCAACGUGAUGGAGAAGGCGAUUGCCAAUGCCACGCCAACUGAACGUGUGGCCCUAAUCAACGAAGUACUUCAGACUCCUGCCUCGCCACCACAGCCACACGCUGCAUCCGGAACUGCUGUCGGAGCAGCAUCUGCGUCGGCGCCAAUUCUGAUUGGCGGCGGCGGCGGCAGCAGCACCACUAAUGAUGAUGGAUCAACUCCCUCCGUCCUCGUGGACAUGAUGAAGGACCAGUACGCCAAUUACGUAGUCCAGCGUAUGCUGGAAUUGGCCGAGCCACAGCAGCGUCGUUUGCUCAUCAGCCGCAUUCGACCGCUUCAGAACACACUGCGCAAGUACAACUAUGGCAAGCACAUAAUCACAAAGUUGGAAAAGUACAGCGGAAGUGGCGGUACUGGUGGGUGUAAGGGUCCCUCAGUUGGCGUGACU